UUCCAGACUCCGCCACCAACCCGGACCAGAAGCCAGGAGCCUCGCCGGCAGCCGCACAGGGAGCCGGGGUAUCAGCACUAACUUGUUUGCCGAGAUCCCAUCACCUUCGGAGCACACCUUGCAAACUCCGCUUUCUGCACCUGCCACUGAGCCCGCGCGAGCCUCGGAAAGAGCCAUGGCCAACGCAGGGCUGCAGCUGCUGGGUUUCAUCCUGGCUUCCCUGGGAUGGAUCGGCUCCAUCGUCAGCACUGCCCUGCCCCAGUGGAAGAUUUACUCCUAUGCUGGGGACAACAUCGUGACCGCCCAGGCCAUCUAUGAGGGACUGUGGAUGUCCUGCGUUUCGCAAAGCACCGGGCAGAUACAGUGCAAAGUCUUCGACUCCUUGCUGAAUCUGAACAGUACACUGCAGGCAACCAGCCUGAUGGUAAAUUGCAUUCUGCUGGGGCUGAUUGCAAUCUUCGUGUCCACCAUUGGCCAUGAAAUCAUGAGGUUGGAGGACGAUGAGGUGCAGAAGAUGUGGAUGGCAGUCAUUGGGGGCAUCAUAUUUUUAAUUUCAGGUCUGGCGACAUUAGUGGCCACAGCAUGGUAUGGAAACAGAAUUGUUCAAGAAUUCUAUGACCCCAUGACCCCUGUCAAUGCCAGGUAUGAAUUUGGCCAGGCCCUCUUUACUGGCUGGGCUGCUUCCUCCUUCUGCCUUCUGGGAGGUGCCCUACUUUCCUGCUCCUGUCCCCGGAAAACAACCUCUUACCCAACACCACGGCCUUAUCCCAAGCCAACACCUUCUAGUGGGAAAGACUACGUGUGACAGAGGCAAAGGAAGAGCUCCUCCUGGAGAGAAUACAGAGUGGAUAUUGAAACUAGGACUGACAUUAAGGCCUUAGACUGUUGAUGAUGGUUGUCUGGACUGUGGUAGAACAAAAGGAAGCAUAUUUUUAUAUAUCCCCAUGGCUAUGCAGGGCCCGGUUGUGCCUUACCGUCUUUCCUGAGUACAGGAGGGAAGCCUUUUGCCUUUGAACUGCUGCUUCUCAUUGAGUAAUCACACUCAAAUGCGGAGAAGGGUGCUCCUUACGUGUGUAUACAUAUGUACAUAUACAUAUUUUCUAUUAAAAAAUAGACAGCUAACAAUCUGUUAUUCUCUUCAUAUUGUCCCAGCAUACUUUAAAUGACUCUAAAAUAUACACAAUUCCAUAUUGAUUAAAUAAGCCUUUUGAUGUAUUAUUCUUGUUCUCUAUGAGCAUAUGUGAUCGGUCAAAUAUCACCCUUUGAUCAGCAUUUAGUAUCUUCAACAUAAGGCCAGACUUCCUUAUGAACUCAGACUGUAUUCUAUUUUUCCCAUGUGUCUUCUUUACAUCAAAAUAUUUCAUUUUUUUUAACUCUAAUAACAACCGCUUUUCAGUCCAUUAUUCUGAGGUUUGAUUCUAACUCCUGAAUAUAAUAAUAAAUUUCACAGCCCACAUUUUGAAACUUAAAACCAGUAGAAAUUACGUAUUACUUCUGUGUCUGGGCUGUGGGAACCAGUGUUCUAGACAGAUGAUGUUUUUCUGAUGACCUUUCUGCACGGUCCUUGCACUUUGGUCUGGAGCUGUCUUGUUUGCUUUAAAAAUAUUUGUUUCCCUGAGUGGCUGUGCUGCUAACCCUGUUGUUGAAACCAGUUUAUUGACUGCAUUUUUUAGGUACUUAUUUUCCAUUCUAGAUCCUGCAGACUACAGUUCUCCUCUCCCUCCCCAGCUAUCUCAUUUCCCCACAUAUAAUUAUCCUCCGGUUUAUGCUCUUUUCAGCUAGGUGUGGUCUGUUAUCUACACAAACUGCUAGACUUGCUAGAGUGAUAAUCUAGUGACAAAUAUUUCUCUCUCUGUAGCCGUGGACAAUUUACAAUCCUUAUACCUCGUUUUCCCAUCUGUCAAAUUGGGAUAAUUACACUUAAGCAGCUGGUAGAGGUAAUGUGAGUAUUAAUUAGUUGAUAUGACUCUCAUUCUUUGAACGUGAAAUAUGCCUAAGUAGUGUUUUUCCUUGCUCAAUUAGCAGUUUUGAAGUCACUGAAUAAAAUCUAGGCACAUGCCUUAACACUGUUCUGUAUCUUUCUUUGUCAUGAAUAUAUUUCCUCCCAUUUAGCUGUGCAUGGCCUCUUGUUGGUGCUGUUUCAUUCUGACCAGUGCACUUAUUAUUCUUGUCUGUAGGAAAGGCCCUUCAGCAGAGCAAGGUGUUGUAACACAAAGGGUGUUGCCAUUGACAUGGGUAGACCUGGAUUUGCAUCUUGGUGCUAUCACUUAAUUACUGAGCUUGGGCAAAGGCACUUGGUUGCCCUGCAUGUAUUUCUACAUCUAGACAACGGGUUCAUUAACUCCUGCCCUGCCUAUGUCGCAUGAGUCAAGAGGAGACAUAGGCAAAUAUGGUUUUAUAUUGGAAAACAAGAAACUCUAUAAAUUAAGGAAUUUAAGUUAAUGGGUUUUGUGUUUAUUUUUCAAACAACUGGAAAAGGAAAAAGUGUUAAAUGGAUUUCUUUCCUUAAGAACUCUCUCUAGCUUUUAAUUUCUAAAGCUUGCUAAGUUAAACUGAUCUUAAGUUCUUAAGACUUGUAGUUGUGAGUUAGUGUUCAGCCUAUGGCCCAAGCUGGCCAGGAACUCCUGUAUCACCCAAAGAUCCUUCUGCUCAGCCUCCCAACUGUCAAGAUGGCAGGCAUGAGCCCCGUCCCACUGUUACAUCCUAGUUUUAGUAGUUUGGCCUGGUACUUCUGUUGCUAAACAAAUGGCCAAAGUGACAGUAUAUGUCUACUCUAAAGGCACAUAUAUAAAGUGCUCUUUGUGAAGUGAUACUUUCAAAGUUAAAUGGAAGCUGGCAGUUCUAGGAGAGGUUAAGAAUUACAAUCCAUCGUAAAACCACAACCACGUGGAAGAAGCUAUAGAAAGAAUGGAGUCUUAUGUGAAUUUGUACUAUGUAAGUUUCACUGUAUUUGUAUGUGUAAAGUAAUCAUGCAAAGAUCUUUUAACAUAAUUACUGUACCUAAUGUGUAAUGUAAAUGUUAGAAAUAACACUUGCUAAACUACACAGGUUCUAUAUUCCAAAAUAAUCCCAUCUUAUGUCAGAACUUACCUAGUUUUGAUAUUUUUAUAUCCUACUACUAAACCUGGAAACCGAUCAAUUGAUAUUUGGGGGCUGCAAUGGGAAUUUGUAUAAAGCACUACUCUUUUUCAAUAAAUUGUUGUUUUUUAAUUAA